UAUAUCUUCCUGUCAUUAUUCUCUGACUUAUACUAGAAUACAAUACAAUACAAUAACACAAUUCAAACUCAAAUGAUUAGCCCGCCAAUACUAUCUAUCUAUCUGAUUCAAAUAAAAGUCAUCAAGCUUAGGCUAGCUUUUGGGAUUGGGAUUGGGAUUGGUGUGUUCUUCUUUCUUAAUUUGCUCUCUUAUCUUCUCUUCUCCCUUUCUACUCUCACUCUCUGCUAUACUGAUCUGAUCUGAGUUAUUGUUAGUGGUGGUUGCUGUGAGUUAGUUGGAGUUCCAUUCAUUAUUUAUGACUUCUGACAACAAGAUGAUGAUGAUGAAGAAGAAGAAGAAGAAGAAGACACCUUAUUCUUCUAAUGACAAUGGCAGUGGAUGCUGCAUUUCCAGAAUCUUCCGCAGAAUCCUGUGUUUCACCAUCACCAAUUCCCCUCCUCGCCUCCCCUUCUGGACUACUUCUUUUCAUCAACAUCACCACCACCAGCUGCACCUUCUACAAGACCCUAAUCAUCAGGACAAAGAGAAACAGAAAGAGAGUUGCAGUCCAGGAGUAGGAGUAGUGGCCAGACUCAUGGGCCUCGACUCCCUCCCUCACCACAGCAAGAAACCACCCAUUCAGCAACAUCAACAACAAGAAGAAGCAGACACCCAACCUCUGUUAAUGAUCAACAACAACAACAAACCUUAUCCACCCAGCAGAAGAAGAAAGACAACCACCUGCCAAGACCUCGAACAAGAUGAAAGAUUCUACAUUCUCAGGUUUGACAACAAAGAACAACAAAGGAGGAGCAGAAAAACAAGAGCCCACCAUUUCAAGGAAAGGAGAUUUCACUGUAAUAACACCAUAAUUAGCAAUGAGAAUUCUUCUUCCACUAGCACUAGUAGUAGUAGUACUGUCUCAGCUGAGGCUCAGGCUCGGUGGACAACGAGGAAAGAUCAAACUGCAGAAGAUGCCUCCAGCCCCAAUUCUGUUCUCGACUUGCUCCACUCAUCACCUGAUCAUCAUCUUCAUCACACUUCCUCUGCUGCUUCCCAAGGGGAUGGAAAUUCAAGAAUGAGGACAAGGAGAACGAGGAGGAGAAGAACACUGUGGGAAGAGCUUGAAAGCUGUGGAAGGCCAAAGCAAAAUAUGCAGAAAGUAGAAAGCUUCCGUCCAAAGAAGAAAAAGAAAAAGAAGAAUGGUUAUGGAGAUGAUGAUGAAGAUGAUGAGUUGAUACAUGGGAGGUUGGCAGCAAUGGAGUUGGAAAAAUGUACAUGGAGGAUGAUACAUGAUGAAGGAUUUGCAGAGAAGAAGAAGAAGACUCAACAACAGCAGUGUGUCAAGGAGAUCGGGGCCGAACUAGCCUCACACAUUCUUGAUCAUCUCAUCUUCCAAUUAAUUACCACCAUCUAACUAAAAACAAAAACUCUUCACUUCUCAUCACUCUUUCAAAAUAUGUAUAAAUAUACAUCAUACAUGUCUAUGUCUAUGUGUGUCUAUAAAGGGUUCUUGUGAUCUUCUUUUUGUUCUUCAUUUCAACUAUACAAUACAUACACAUAUGUUGGGGGGUUUUAACAUAUUAUGCUGCAAAGGUGUAUUAAUAUUGUGUUGCAAUUUAAA